UGGCGCCGCCGUGCGACGUCUCCCUCCGGGGCGUGGCGGAGGCUGAGGGGGCCGUGCUGAGGAAGCGGCGGUGGUGGUGACCGGCUGCGGUUCGCAGGGCCCGGCGGCCCCGCCGCUCCCCCGCAGCCAUCCUGAAACUAUGUGGAAAUGGGGUAGUGGAGAUGAUUCUCCUUCCAAAACAGUAGCUGCAGGCUCACAAGAUGCAGGAAGCAUGUCAGUGACAGAUUUGACUGACCAGCUGACAAGUACUGAACAGCUGGUAACACAGCUAAAGGAGCUUGUCAAGGAGAAGGAUGCUGAGCUUCGAAAUAAAGAUCUUCAGUUAAAGGAGGAGAAGGAAGCUGCUGAUGCCAAACUUUCCAAGUUAAAACUGCAAAACAAAGCCAAGGUUGCAUCGUUAACUUCACAGUUGGAAGAACUUAAGAAACAGUUAGCAGUAUCAGGAGGUUCUGAGGCAAAAGCAGAACAAAAGAAGGUGUCAAAAGAUGGUGACCCGGAAAAUGCAGCAGCAAAUCGAGGGAAGAUAUUAGUACUGAGAAGGAGAAUUGAAGAACUAGAAUCUCAGAUCACACAGAAAAAUGAGGAGCUACAAAAAAAGAGUCUUGAGCUGGAGGCACAGCGAUGUCGUGGGGCUGAAAUGGAUGCCAUGCUGGCACAGAAGGAAAAGAAGUUAGCUGAAAGAGAUGCUUACAUCAUUGAUUUACAGACAGCGUGUGGAUCAAGUGGUGUUACCAAUGAAAUUCUCUUUCCCAGUGAAGAAUUGAAGAAUCAGCUGGCUAUUAAAGAGUCGUCACUACAAAGCAUGCAGAUUCUAGUUCAGAACCUUACCAAGAAGGUUGGAGACAGUGAAGAAAAAUGUAGCUUGUUCCAGGAACAGAUUGAGAGUCUUAAAAAUAUGCAGAGCAAAGAAAGAGAGCUUUUCCUGGGAAAAGAAGCCACGUAUAUGAAUAAUGUACGUGUGUGUCAAUAUAUUAUCCAGGAAAAGGAAAAGGAACUGCAGGCACAGAGAGAAAAGCAUGAGCAGGAGCUCUUUAAAUUGGCUGCUAAAUGUGACGCAAGUGCUGACCUAGAACAGCUACUAAAAGCCUUGAAACAGAAGCUCCAUGAAAAGGAAGAAGUCAUGCUGGGAAGGACACAAGUGAUAGAUGUCUUGCAGAAAGAAUUGGAUGCCAAGGACCAGCAAUUGAAAGAGAUUAAUGAAAACCUGAAACGUCUUCUGUCUGAAAAAGAAAACCUUCAGUCUAAACUGGAUGCUGAGAAACACGUAAUGAGAGCCCAGUUAAAAGACAUGAUGGAGAAACAUGAGCUUGAAAUGACAAAAGUUAAGGAGAAAUAUAAUGCUGAACUGCAUGAAAUUCAAGAGAAACAUGAAACGGAGCUGCAAGAGAAGGAUCAGGCCCUGUUUCAGCUGAAGAAACAAGUGGAGGAGUUAAGUGGUAGUGGACAAACAAAGUCAAAAGAAGUUGGCGAUCUGGAGUCUAUAACCAAAGAGAAGAUGAAAGAUUUAGAAGCACAAGUGAAAUUGAAAACAGAAGAGGCCAGCAAAUCUGAAGCAAAAUUUCUGAAAAUGAAAGCUUGGUCUAAAUCAAAAAUCAAACAACUGGAGGAUGAACUAAAAAAUUUUUCAUCAAAGAAUAAUGAUGUGUCUGCCUUAAACAAUCGUAUCUCAGAAUUAGAAACGGAAAAUGAAGAACUCCAGACAAAGCUGCAGUCAUUACAUGAAAUUAGAACUCAAAAUGAAGAAUUGCUGACUAAGCUGGAGGUCUAUGAAGAGCAGCAAAGGAAGCUGCAAGCUGAUCUUGACCAAGUUACAAAGAGGGCAGCUUCACAGGCCAGUGAAUCAGGUAGUGUGGAUGAGCUGCAGAGUCAGCUCUUGGAAUGGCAAGAAAAUGUACAAGAGUCGGAGGAGUCGCACGAUCAAGUCAGGGAAGAGAAAUCUGCUAUGGCCUUGAGAAUGGCUCAGAUUGAGGAGGAGAGAGAAGCCAUAGUCUCAGGGGAACAGGAGCUGGAGGAGGAACUGACCACAGUUCAAGGAAUGGGCAGGCUGCAGGAGGCAAGAAGAAAAAGCAAUCAAACCAGCAGGGAGCUUCAGGAAGAAUACAACUUUGACAGAAAACAAUGCUUUCAAGAAUUGAACGCCACCUUGGAUAGCACUGAUUCAGCUGAAGGAGAAAACAUGGGAGGUUGGUGGCCAGAGUACACUUCACCUAAUGCAGUAGGUUUACGGAGUGUGGUUGAAGAGUUGGAAUUGGAAAGAAAUCAACUGCAGGAACAAAUUGUUUUUCUAGAAGAGCGUUGUCAAGAUUUGGAAGAUAGAUUGCAGCUUCAGGGGAGAAUGGAGGCUCUUCAGGUAACCUUUGGUGUAGAUGAAGAAGGGCAGCUAUUGAGGGCGGUACAGAAUGAAAAUGAACGUUUGCAAACUCAACUCACCCAAAUACGCAACCAACAAAAACAAGAUAUGGAAAAGCAUCAGCUUCUGAUCUCUGGCUUGAAUGAGCAGCUUAAAGGCUUAAGUGACAGGAAUAGCUUCCUUGAAAAUUCCCUUGGAGAAAAAGAACUGAAGUUGUUGAGCACAACAGAAAAACUGGAACAAAUUGAAACUUUGAGGAAAUUGCUUCAAGAAAAGGAUCUUUUGAACAAAGAGCUUGGUGAAAAGUUUGUGCAUACUGAGCAAAAACUGAAUGAAGCCUUAAAGAAAUGCAGCGUGUAUGAAGUGGAGAACACUGAGCAGAAAACAGUCAUCAGUGAUCUAACAGAAAAAGUUGCCACACUGAAGGAAAAGACUUUGAAACAAGAUGGCGUGGUAGAAUCGAUGCAGCUGGAUCUGGACCAGACCAAUGAAGAGCUUGACAAAUUGAACACAAGCCACUUAGAGGAAAGAUCUCAACUUAUUCAAGAUCUCCAGAAAUGUGAAAGAGAAAUUGAUAAUCUUAAGGAAGCACUGGCAGAAAAAGACAGGGAGAUGUCUAUGCUGUCUUUGAAUAUGACAGAGUAUUCUGAACAGGUUAUCAUCCUGAAGCAUCAGGUGCAAUGCAAAGAGGAAGAAAUCCGAGGCAUGGAAGAGGCUUUAUCAAAGGCUGAAAGGGAAACUCAUUUACUGAAAGAAGUACAAACAGCUGAUGUAAGAGAUGCAAGCCUGCAGAUAUCUGCCCUUUCUGAGCAGAGUAAUACAAUGAGAUUAGAGCUUGAAAGAAUCAGAGUUGAGAAUGAAGCUAAAACCAAAGAAAAUGAGGAAUUAAUAAGACAAAGCAGUGAGAACAGCCUUACAAUUAAGGAUCUCCGUUCUGAAAUCCAGGCCAACAGUGUCGCAUACCAUAACAAACUAGCGGAGUGUGAGUCACAAAUUACUUUGCUGAAAGAGCAAAUUAGUAAAUCAUCUGAAAAGCUACAGGAAACUGAGAAUAAACAAAGAAAAGAAACCGAGCAUUUGAAAUCUCAGCUUGAGGAAAGCAAUACUCUAAAGGAAAAAUGGAACAAUUUGCUUAAAGAGAAAGAGAGUAAAGCACAGACACUUGAAAAUGAGUUAAAAUCAAUUAAAGAUUCAUACAACAAACUGGUGUUGGAAAAUGCUAAAAAAGAUGAAGAGUUGACUGAAUUGUCUAGGAAGCUUGUGGAACAUACUGAACAUCAGGAAACAAUUCAAAAAGAGCUACAGGAGAAACAAGAGUUCAUUAUUUCAUUAGAGAAGAAGCUUGGGGUUAUGGAGCAGCAAAAUGAAGAGACUAAACUUAAAUUAACUGGAGAUCUGAAAGCCAAAGAGACAUGCUGCAAAGAACUUAAUAACCAAUUAAAUGAAAUACAUAAACAGAUGAACAAACUGGAAACGGAGGCACAGGAGAAAGCUUCAGCUAAUAAACAAUUGCAGGCAGAUCUUGAAGAGAAAGAGGAAAAACUGGCAGAGCAAAUAAAAGCAAAUGAAUACCUGAAAAAAAGUAUUGAUAUGGUAGAAAAAGAGAAGGAACAGCUGAUCAGUGAAAAGGAGGAUUUGUCCAAGCUCCUGGAUGUAAAAGAGUGUGAAUUGUUAAAGAAAAUCCAGUCUGUGGCAGAAAUAGAGAAUAAGUUAUCUAUUAGCACCGCUGAGUACGAAAAAUCUCUUUCACUACUAAACUGUGAUAAAAACAGUCUGGCAAAAGAGAUUGAACAACUUUCAGUGCUUGCCCAGCAAAAAGAAAAUUCAGUUGCAGAACAGCUGCAGGAGAAAACAAAGGAAUGUAAUGUGCUAACUGAUCAGUUGUUUGAAAGCAAGGAACAGACACAACAGUUGCAGGAGCAAAUGCAAUCACUUCUCAUUCAGCUGAAGGAUACUAGAGACAAAGAAAUAAAAACAGAAGAAAUAUUAAAUAAUAAAUUAUCUGAAUGUAGUAGCCUGAUCCAAGAGCUCAGCCAUAGCAAGGGAAAGAAUUUACUACUGCAGGAACAAAUUCAAAGCCUAACUUUGGAUUUUGAAACUGCAAACAGGUCUCUAAAAGAGAAAACCCUUCAAAAUGAUUCAUUAUGUAAGGAAAUGGAAGAGAGUAAGCUGUGUAUUGUAGAGUUGCAGGAUGAAAUUAAAAAUCUUAAGGAUGUAAAAACAAAGUUAUCACAGUUGGUAGAGGAAAGAGACCUGACUGUGAAAAAUCAGGGUUCAGAACUUGAAAAGUUGCACAAGCAGGUUUCUGAAAACGUGGAAGAAAGUACAGCAUUAAAGAAUCAGCUACAGCUCUUAAGCAAAGAAGUAGAUCAGCUUAGGCAUGAAAAGGAGGACUUUGCAAGCUUAUUGAGCACAAAGUCACACAAGUGUGAAUUUCUUCAGUCACAGGUGGUACAACAACAGUCUGAAAUUACUUCAGCAAGGCAACAAGCACAAACAGCAGCUCUAGAAAAUGACAAGUUGAAAGUAGACAUUGAAACGGUUAAUGUUCUGGUCAUGAAAAAGUCAGAUGAAGUAGCUGCUUUAACUUCACACUUAUCCCAACAAAGUCAUAAUAUUUUAGAACUCAAGGACCAAAUUGAUGGCCUGUUGAUUGAAAAAGAAAACUUAAAAGUUGUCUCUGAAGAAAAAGAAGCUCUCCUUUCUGAAAAGGAGGCUUUGAUUCAGCAAAUGAAAGAGAGUAAACAGGCAGGAGAAGGGCAGUACAUGCAAAUCAUUUCCGAUCUGCAAAACCAAAUACAAGCCCUAGGUUCUGAAACCAACCAGCUUAGACAAACAGUGCAGGAAAAAGAAAAUGAAUUUAAGAGGCAAGGCCAAGAAUUAAAAUUAUUAAAAGAUAAAUCUGAGGAGUCUGAUGUACUUAGGGUUCAACUGUCUGAGAAUAUGGAGGUUAUUUCUGACCUGCAGUGUCAGCUUAGAAAUGCAACAGAAAAAUCAUCCCAGUUGAAUGAUUCAAUUAUACAGAAGGAUGAAUGUUUAAAACAAAAGUUAGAUGAAUACAUCAGUUUAAAAGCCCAGCUUUCUGAAGUACAGGAAUCUUCUGUUUUGCAGGAGAAGCAGUUAAAGCUUGUAGCCUCUGAAGCAGAACAGUUGAAAGUGCUUGUUUCAGAAAAAGAAUUAGCUAUCAAUAAUAUUUCAUUAUUCAGUGAGAAUUUAAAGACGCAGCUUCAAGGGAAAGAGAAUGAAUGUGAGGUUUUAAAGAAACAGGUUUUAGAGCUGGAGGAAGCAAAAGUGACUUUACAAAGCGAAAUACAACAUCAGAAGAAUUUAGUAAUUGAGAUGGACCAAUCGUUAUCAGAAAAGGAAUCAUCUCUUAAGGAAAAUGACAGUCUCCUCAAAACUCUGAAGGAGAAAGCAAAGGAAGAUGACAAGAAGACAGUUACAAUUUCUGAGCUCCAAAAUCAGGUACAUGACCUAACACAAGAACUACAAAAAUCUAAAGAACUAAUCCAUGAGAAAGAAAAUGCCUUUUUAUCUCUUCAGGAGAAAAUUGAAGCACAGAAUGAACUAAGAACUGAGUUGAAUGCAGCUCUUGGCCAAAAAGAAGAAGUUAUUGCUGGACUGCUUAAUUCUUUAAAGGAGAAAGAUGCCAGUAUACAGUUGGCAGAUAGCAACGUUAAUGUUCUUUCUAGUGAGAUCGAGGUUCUCAGAGAAAAACUAGAGAAAAGUGAUGCAGCCAUGAAAAACCUGACUGAGGAAAUUCAGGAAAAGAAUGAAAAACUUGUUGUUAAUCAGAAGAAAACUGAUUCUUUGACUGCUGAACUUGACUCUCUUAAAAAUGAACACCAAAAAGCACUAGACCAAAUAAGUACAUGGGGAGAACAGCUACAGCAGAAAGAAUUGUCUGUGGAGUCUCUGCGUGUGAAGUGCACUGAACAGGCAGAUAACAUAGUGCGUUUGAAGUUGGAGUUGGACAAUGUAAAUUCCAAAUCAUCCCAGGACUGCCAUGACAAUGCACUUUUUAUAGCUGGUCUGCAGUGUCAGGUAGAGGCUUUAGAGAAAGAAAAAAAUCUGUUACAAGAAGAUGUGAAUAAACUGAUGGCCGAAAACACACAACUUAGUGCCUCUCAAAAUGGUUUGCAGAAGAAAUUGGAAGAGCUCCGAGAAAUCAAUGAAAAGUUAGAAACCAGUGAGAAUUAUUCAAGAAUGCAGAUAGAUGCUGUCAAACUGCAGAUGAAGACUGAAAAAGAGAAGUUACAGAUGCAGGUCAGUGUGAAGGGUGAAGAACUUUCUAAGCUAGAACUUAAGUUUGAAACUCUAGAACAAAGUCUGCUUGAGUCAGAAAGCAAAUGGGUGACUGAACUUGAUAGGGCAACUUUACAAAACAGUAAUCUUGCUGAGCAGUUGAGCACUUUAGAAAGUGAAAUGGAAUCAAAGGAUAGCAAAAUCCAGUCUUUGCAGCAAGAGCUGGAUCUUAUAAACAAGGAAUUAACUCAAAGCUUAUCUCCAUUACUUAGUAGUAGGCUUUUAUGUAAAGAAAAGGCAGCACAGGCUUCAGAUUCUGAACUGCAGCUAACUGAUAGUAAAACUCAGUUGGAAAAAUUCUCCACUCUGAUAACCACUAUUUUGAGCAAAGAAACAGAAGGAGAGCAGUUGCAACUGGUGCUUUUAGAAAAACAGGAAGAGAUAGACACCAUGAAAGAGGAAUUAAAAAGUAUGCAGUCACUUGAGAAGCAGAAGGAGUUGCUUCAGAAUGAUAUUGAGAAGAUGAAGGGCAAAUACGAGUCUGAAAUUGAAUGCCUGUCAAAAGAAAUGGUCACAGUGAAGGAAGCAUUAUGUAAACAACAGUCUCUCCUGCAAGAAAGCAAAGAAUCUUUUGCAGAAGUAAAUAAGCAGGUUGAAUUUCUUCAAGACAAGAUAAAUAAAUCGGAAGAAAUAGUAAGAACCAGUCAAGAAAAACUGCACAUGGAAGGUAAAAAAGUAGCCAGUCUCCUUGAAGAAAUGGGAGAAAAAGAUCAACUCAUUGAAAACUUAACUUCCCAGGUAAAUCAGCAGAAGGAUUUAGUUUCUGGCCUAAGCCAGCAACUGAAAGAAAAGGACUGUUCUGUUACCCAGAUCAUGGAAUCAUUGUCUAAUGAAAUGCUGAAUUUCUCUGAAGAAAGAAAUAUGUUAAAUACCAAACUGCAAGACCUUGAAGCUGUCCAUAAUAGUUCUGUAGGAGAGCUAACCCGAGCAUUGCAGGAACUUGAGGACUGUAAGAAGGAACUGGAACAUAGUCAGGUUACGUUAAGCAGUCGAGAAGCUGCAUUUAGAGAUCUAAUGCAUGAGAAAGAGCAGAUGCAAUUUAAUCUUGAGAAAAUGGGCAAGGAAAAAGAGAAUCUUAAAAAGAAACUUCAAGCAGCAUUGAUCAUAAGAAGAGAUCUAAUGCAAAAAGUUGGAAAACUAGAAAAGAGUGGUCAGGAAGAAAUAGAAAAAGAGCAAAAAAAAGCAGAGGAGCUGUUGAAGGAAGUUAAUGAGUUAACAGAGAAGCUGAAGGUAGUUGAAGUACAAAAGAAAGAAUUUGAGUCUCAUCUUGGGACUUUGGAGCAACAACUUUUAGAAAAAGAUGCCAAAAUAAGUGAUUUGACUGAAAUUUUGUCUUCUAAAGCUUCUUAUUUAAAGGAACUUCAGGACAAGAUUGUGGAACUAAACGAUGUCAUUGCUGACAAACAAAAUGCAUGUGAGCAGAACCUAAAGUCUUUAGAAGAGAAGGACAGCGUGCUUGCUCAUAUGCAGUCUAUGCUCGAUGAAAAAACAAGUGUGUAUGAAGAGGAACGUUCUCAGUUGCUCUUAGCUCUUGAAAAGGUGAAGUCUGAAGUUAAGAAGGAAGAAUUGUUGAAAGAUUCCAGUGCAGAAGAGCCUGGUUUAAGUGCUGGGGACAGAAAGAAAUGCCUGGAUGCCAACAUUGACAUUACUGUAAUGAAUCAGUUAAAAAAAGAAAAAGAAGCCUUACAGAGGGAGCUUCUGGUCAGGGAAGAAGAUAGGAAGAAAUUUCAGAAAGAAAGGGAAGAGCACAUUAAACUUGCAGCAGAUUUUGAUGAACAAAAAACCCAACUUGAGCAACUGAAACUAGAACAUAAAGCACUCUGGGAAGUUCUUCAAACAAAAUGUAAAGAACUUGACUUGAACCAGUUAGAGUACCCCCUAGUGAAAGAGCUGGCUUCAUCUGAGGCAGUGAUGGGAGAAGAAGAAUCCGACAAACCAAGCAGCAUUCAGGUUCCAUCCUUUAAAGAGUCAGAAGACAUCACUUUGGUGGCAAAUAAAGACACUGAGUUAAUAGAACUGCGAAAUAAUUAUGCAAAACUUCAGGAGGAAACAGAAAUGUUAAGGAAAGAGUUGAGAAGAAUACCCAUUGAAUUUGGUGAUGCAAGGGAAGAAACUGUCAACUUGCACUCUUCAAGGCAGCAGGAGCAAUGUGAGGGCAGCUUGUUGGAGGACAUAAAGCAUCUGCAUAAGAAGCUGAAAGCAUAUGAGGCUGAAGCUAUAGAUGCUAAGACAGAGCUUGAACGUGUGAAUAAUGAGAAGGAAGCACUGAUUAAAAAAAGUGAAGAGGAUUACAAGAUGAGCCAGGAGAAACUGCAGAAACUGAGAGGUGAAGCUAAGAAGGAGGUUGGAGAAAAGAAUGAGGAGAUAGCAGCAUUGCAUUGUUUGCUUACGGAUCUCAAAGAUAAACUUGAUGUGGAAAAGGAAUUGUUAAACAAAACAAUACAGGAGGGCCAAGAAGAAACCCUCCGUUACAAAACAGCACUAGAAGAAGUGAAGAGUGAAAAAGAGAAACUACUCAGUUGUUUAGAAAAGUCUGAUUUGGAACUAAUUAAUAUGAAAAAGGAGGUAAAACAUGUCAAUGAAGAAAACAAAAAACUUCUGACAGAGCUGUGCAUGCUACGUGACAAGGCUGAGAUGAGCAGACCUGUGGUGCCAUCCAAAGAGCUGAAGGAAGAGGAUGAUACCGAACAAGGAAAGUUGCAGGGUAAAGGCGCCUAUUUCCAGCUAUCAGAGACUGCUUGCUCUGGCAAAGCUAAAGUGAGAGAAGCAACAGAAUGUCACAUCCAAAAACAAAUGCAAGUGAUUGAAGAGCCCCUGGCAAAAACUGCAAAUGAAAAUGUUUCUAAACCACAAGAGCAAAGAACUGUACCAGAAGAGAAGACCAGAGAGCUCCUUCAGAGAAAAUUACAGGCUGCUUUAAUAUCACGUAAAGAAGCCCUGAGAGAAAAUAAAUGUCUGAAAGACCAGCUUGAAAAGCUGAUGUUGGAAAGAGAAGAUCUGGUGAACAAAGCAGGGAUGCUUGAACACUUGUUAGAGCUUGGUAAAGAAAAACAAAGUUCAAGUACUGUUUCUUCAUUGUCUGAAGAGGAGCGCCUUGCUUCUGAAAAUGCCAGAUUGCUGACUGAAAAUGAAAACCUCACUGCAGCUUGUGAAAGUCUUAAAUCCACCAUGGAGUCUAUAGUUCAGGAAAAAGAGGCCUUUUCUUUCCAACUAAAUACCUUAAAAGAUUCUCAGACAGUUGAAUUAACAGGCUGGAAGGCUAAACAUAGUGAAUUAAAGCAGGAGUAUGAAUCGCUUCUUCAGGCGUAUGAGAAUAUCAGUAGUAAAAUAGCAGAUAUGAGGCAAGUUAUUGAUCUCAGUAGAAAAGAGAAGCAAGAGGCUAUUCAAAGACUGAGGGAAGGAGAAUCUGAGAAGGAAGCUCUUGAGAAGCAUUUACAAAAACUCAUUGACGAAAAUGAGGUUAUUAAGAAUCAGCUGAAACAACUUGGAGAAUCCAAGAAAAUGGAAGCUGACGAGUUACAAAGUAAAGCAGAAAGGCAGAUACGUGAGCAAGAGGCAAGGAUGCAAGAGCACCAAGAUCGUCUUCAUGAGCUCACCAAACAGAAUCAUCAGCUAAUGGAGGAAAAUGAGCAGCUGAAACAAACUUCUGAAAACUUAAAGCAGGCUUUAGAGAAAAUUCAGAAUGAAAAUUAUAUCCUUCAGAACAACAUCACUGUAACUAAAGCAGCUUUGGGAGAGCUCCAAGUUCAAAUGGAAGUGCACCAGAACGAUAUGCAAUCUAAAAUCAGUGAGGCGUUAUUGGAGAACGAAUCAUUAUUAAAGGACAUUAAUGAGUUAAAGGAUAAACUCUCUGAAAAAGAACAAGACGCGUUUGUCUUAGAACAAGAAAGAAAUUUGAUUUCAGAAAAAGCAAAAGAAACUGAAAAAUCUUUGGACCACAAAGAUCACUGUCUAACAAAGCUGGACAUGGAAUGUCAGAGGCUUACACAAGAAAUUGUUAGCCUAAAUGAAAAAGUUAAGAUUUUAGAGGAUGACAAAUGUCUCCUACAGGAAGAAUUAGAAAAUGUACAAGAAAGUUCUUACAAAGUAAAGAAUGAAAGAGAAUUUCUGGAGACAGAAUUGCUUAAUCAUGUCAAAAAAGUUGAUCAUCUUACUGACAGAAUGAAAUUGGCACAAGUACAGAAUAACUUGCUCUUACAGCAGCUGGAAGAAUUAAAGGCAGAGAAGUGUAAUGUGAUCAGAGAAAAAGAAGAACAGCAGUUACAUCUUGUAAAAAUAUUUGAGGAGAAGGUGAAAAGUGCUCAGAGGGAUAAUAAUGGAAGUAAAAACAAAACGAAAGAAUUGCAAGAACUCUUAAAGGAGAAACAGCAGGAGAUCAACCAUUUGCAAAAGGAUUCUAUAAAGUUCCAGGAGCUGAUCCUGGAUUUGGAAAGAUCUGUGAAACUGUCACAGGCAAAAAGUGAAAAAUUCGAAAAGGACUUAAGUAAUAUGUCAGAGAAGCUUGCAAAGUCCAAUGAAGAAAUACAGCAUCUUGAGGGAAAGCUUUCCUCCCAGGUGAACUUACUGGAUCAGUCAAAGAAUGAAGUGAACAGGCUCACAGAUGAGAAUCUGAAUUGGAGAAAAGAACUUCAGAAAAAAGAUGAUGAACUGCAAAUUCAAAAGAGGGAAUAUGAGAGACAAUUGGAAUUUAAUCUUCAGCAACUUAAAUUGGUUCACAAAAGAGACUUUUUGAAUCUAGAGGAAAGACACAGUGCCCUUGAGAGAGAAAAAGAUAGGGCACUUAGUGAGAUUCAUGGUUUGCAAGAGGAAAUCAGCAUGAAGGACUCUGAAAACAAGAAACUUCAAGCAGAUCUGAAUGCAGCUUUGGCACGAUUAGCUGCUUUUACAAAGUGUAUGUCCUCUCUUCAGGAUGACCGGGACAGGGUAAUCACCGAAAUGAAAACCUGGGAAAUGCAGUUCAAAGAGAUCAUCCAAAAGAAAGAGAAACAGGUAGAGGACAGUAAUAAAAGAAUAAUAUCUUUACAAGAUGAAUUGAAAGAGAAGAUCACUCAGAUUCAAGAACUGAAUAUCAAAUAUUCUAUGGUAGAGGAAACAAAGGAUGAACUGUAUUUGAGGCAAAAAUCUGUUGAUAGACAACGCCAUGAAGAGCUCUGCAGAAUAAAGGAAGAAAAUACAGCGUUUCUGAACAGGCAGCAAGAACUGGAGAGCGUUCUUCAGUCCAAAGAAGAAGCUUUGCAAGCACUCCUUAAAGAAAAUAAUUCUCUUAAUCAUCUUAUAGAGAAUAGUAAAAGUGCAGGAAGAGAGAUAAAAGCUCUGGAAAGUAAUUUUACCAGACAGGAACAAGAACUGCAACAGCUUCUAGCUGAGAAGGAAAAACUUAAUGCUGAAUUGCAAAAGCAGAUUACCAUUUCUGAGCAAAUGAAGGUCAUGCUAAAUAAUAAAGACAAGGAAAUUUCCUUACUUAUUUCUUCAAAAGGUGAUGAAAUCUCUGACUAUCUUAGUCAGGUACAGAGUCAACACAGAAAACAAAUCCAAGAGUAUGAACUUCAGUUAAAGUCUUUGCAGCUGGAGAGGCAACAAUCUGAGGAGUCCUGUCAGAGGAUGGAAGAUGAAUUGAGAAGUCUCCAGGUGAAAGCAGACAAAGCAGGUCAGGAUAAGGCUGCAAUUGCCAGUGAAAUAGAUGCCUUGAAAAAAUCAAUGUCAUCUCUUCAGAAUGAUCGGGAUGAUCUAUUUACUAAAUACAAAGAGCUGGAACAUCUUCACCAAGAUGUCUUGAAUCAGAGGGACAGCCUUAUAGUUGGCAAUGCAAGUGAAAAUAAUGCUUUGAAAGAAGAAUUGAGGGUGCUUCUUAAUCAGAUCGAUGAUCUUCAUUCUGAAAAUGCAAUGCUAAGUGCACAGCUGAUAAAGUAUAGGGAAGAUCUUAACCAAGUUUUAUCUCUGAAAGACCAUCAGCUAAAAGACUUACUUAAGCAGAAAUUGGAUUGUAUUAAAAGCCUUGAACAAGAAAAAUAUGAUCUUCAAAAACAAAUAAAAGAAAUGCAGCUUUCCAGUGAGCUGCAGAAGGAUACUGCUGUAUCUUUGGAACAUGAAAAUAAGAAAUUGGUGUCUAAAGUAAAUGAUUUAGAAUCUUUAAUUGCAUCACUAAAUAAAGAGAAGCUUGUUUCCAGAUCUGGAGAGAAGCUGGUAACUAGUGAUAGUGUUCAGAAUCAAGAGUGUGUAUCAAAUGGGCAGUAUGGAGAAAAUCUUCAAGAACUCCAGAAAUCAAGAGGCAGAAAUACUAAGGAUGCAGAUAAGGAAUACAGUAAGACUCUUUUGACACUUGAACAUGGAGAUGAACCCGAUGCUUUUCCAAUGAAGAUGAUGCUAGAAGUUCAGUCUCAAAAUAGUGAGCUGAGGUCCCAAAAUGAGGCCUUUGGGAAAGCAAUGAGUGCUCUGCAAAAUGAUAGAGAUAGGAUAAUAGAAGACUUAAAGGUACUUCAAAGCAAAUACACAUCUGAUCUCCAGACUGAAAAAAAGAAAGGAGACGAACUUGAAGCUGAAUUGGAUGGCUUUAAAUUACAUCUUGCCACUAUGCUCAAAGAAAAUUCUCUUCUGAAUCGGGCUAUUUUUGAUGCUGCAGAUAAGGUUACACUUGAUCAGAUUGCUGCUGAAAUUGAAAAGCUCUGUAGGACGUUAGUCAGUCGAGAGAUGGAGGUUAGGAGGCUCUCAGCUGAGUGUGGCAGUUAUGUUCACCAGAUUGAAGCUUUUUCCAAGGCUAUGGCCAGUCUUCAGGAUGACCGAGACAAAUUGCUUCAGGAACUCGGCAAUCAGAAGGUAACUUCUGGAACAAAACAGGGCACAGCUUCAUUUCUCAUUGGUUGCAACAGCAUCAGUGAGCUCAAUUCUCUUAAAAGUAAUUUGGCUAUGCCUCAGAACAAUAGGGGAACGUUGGCUAAAGAAGGAGCCAGCCUUGCAGCUGUUGAAAUAUCAAAACUGAAGACCAAGGUUGAUGAUUUGGAGAAGGCAUUGCAUCAGACAAAAGCCUUCCAAGCAGAAACUGAGCAAGAGAUUGCAUCAUACCAGAAUGAACUUGCUGGAUUAAGAAUGGAAAAAAACCUUCUCCUCUCAGAGUCUCAGGCUCUGCGAAAUCAAUGUCAAAUCGCAGUUGCUGAGAAGGACCAACAGAUUGCACAACUACAGAAGCUCCAACAAGACAUGAUUGUGAAGAAAUCAAUCUCUGCUGGCAGCAAUUAUCCAGUCCAGGUUUUAGAAACUGUCUCCCUUGCUGGAAGUGCAGAUACGCCGGAGGAAACCAAACGUAUCUUAGCUGAAAAGAAUCAGCUCCAGAAUGACCUGCAGCGCUGCCUCCAGGAGAUACACCAGAAGGAUCUUUGUUUCCAGCAGAUGAAUUCAAAGGUUGUGCAGUCAACAGAAGAGAAUGCUGUCUUGUCUGCCCAGCUGAAGACUCUUUCACAGACUCUAAGAGAUAACCAGCUUCGUUACACUGACUUGCAAAAUCGUUACUUAAGACUGGAGAGGGAGUAUCAGACAAUGCAAGUGACAUCUUUCCAAGGCACUGUUCAGGAUGAAACUAGAGCAGAAGUUCCCCCUGGAGCGCCACAGGAAAGAUCUGCAGUUAUUGUUGAAGUAGACAAUAUGGAGCUAAAUGAACUCAGAAAAAGGCUUGCAGAGACUGAGCAACAAUAUGAUUCAGUGCAGCAGGCACUCACGCAGCUGACAGAAACACUGUCAGAAGAGAAGAGGAGGAGAGAAGCUGCAGAAGAAGCCCUUGGGCUCUCUGAGGAGCGAAGUAACAGAUUUGAAGCGAGCAGUUACAGGUCUGUACCUAGUGAAUACACUGUUCAGAUGGAAGCAGAGGAGGAAAGGGAAGCCUUAAUCAUCAAUCCCAGUGAACAUGUCGUUGUGCGAAAGAUGAAAGGAGGAGCCCUUUCCAUCCGAAGAUGGCUUCAAGGGCGAAGUCUUUACUGUUCUAAGCUGCUGACCUCAAGAGCAAAAUCCCGCUAUUUAUUCCUCACGUACCUGGUUACACUACAUCUUCUUGUUUUACUGUGCCUCACGGGUGUUCUCUGAAUACACUGCAUUUUCUUGGGUAACUUACUUCCCUGUAGGUAAUGGCGUGCCAAUUCAAGAUUAUAGACUUUUCACAUGCUGCUGUUAAGCUAUGCACUGGACACAGUUGUAUAUAUUCUUGUUACACUACAUGAAUCUUGAGCUUCUAAACAGAAAUGUGUGUAUAUCACAGUUGCUCCAAAGUUGACUUGAAUCACUCUUUACCAGUGGAAUAUUAUAUUUGCUAAGGAGAAAAGAUUUCCCUCUGCCCUAUAAAGAAACUGCUGCAUACAAGUUAUUUAAUAUUGUUUGUGAGUACAUAAUGAUUGAUUACUACUGAAUGGGUUGUAAAUGAUAUCUUUUCUAUAUAAAUUUUAUUUUAAGAGUUAAACUAUAAAUUUUAAAGGAAUAUUCAGCUAUUACUGUUCACUGGCUUCUUGAUUAUAACAAGGAGUUUUAUAGAGUGCAAUAAAGGAAGAACUACUGGAUUUUUGAUUUAAAUUUUUUGUUUGGGUGUUGUUUGGUUUGGGGUUUUAUUUUCUGGCUGAAAAUAAAAGAAUGAUGAAGGUU